AUGAGUCUGACUUCCUGGUUCCUGGUGAGCGGUGGGGGGACACGCCAUCGCCUCCCCAGGGAGAUGAUCUUUGUUGGGAGGGAUGACUGUGAGCUCAUGCUGCAGUCCCGCAGUGUGGACAAACAACACGCUGUCAUCAACUAUGAACAACACACGGACGAGCAUAAAGUGAAGGACUUGGGCAGCCUAAAUGGGACAUUUGUCAACGAUGUGAGAAUACAGGAGCAAGUCUAUGUCACCCUGAAAAUAGAUGACAAACUGAGGUUUGGCUACGAUAUCCUUAAACUAUUAGCUCGCUUUUCCCUUAACCCCGCUCACAUACCAACCUGUUCACUGUGGUCCGCGGAGAGCUGCAUAUUCCCGAGGAGGCCCUCAAGUAAAAAGGAUCAAAGAGUUCUGCUGAACUGGGCAGUUAUGAUGGUGCUAUUUAGUCUAACUGGCCAGCAUGAGAAAUUGAGCAGCCAACUUCAACUGAACCAGAAGAAACCCCCUGAGUCAGAAUCAUCCCGAGCCGAAGCGAAAUCCUCUGAGGCAGCAGCAGCCCCCCCACAGACGGCCGCCGCCGCUGCCUCUGAGGUCAGCCGGUCAGAGGAGAAGACGCCAGGGGACACAGCAGCAUUACACAGGGGUACCCCACUUUAUGGCCAGCCCGCCUGGUGGGGAGAUGGAGACGCUGAAGAUCAGCAGCCAGGAAGGCCUGAAGAAAAGAUCUCAAAGAAAGAAAAGGCUGAAACAGACUCCAAGAAAAGUGCUGAAAUUCCAAAGUCUGCCCUCCAAGCAGCCUCCAACCAGGAGCCUAGUUACUUUGAAAUCCCUACAAAGGACGCCCCCUCAGCAGGUAAAGUGGGUGGUGAUUCCCCCUCGCAAGAGCAGGAGGCCGGCGCUGCUGCUCCAGCGGAGCCCGCCCACGGCCACGCCUCCUUCACCAUCGAGUUUGACCCCGGGGCCUCGGGAAAAGUGACCGUCAAAGACCGGGUGGCGAAAGUUGGACCGGAGACUCGGCCGCGUCCUAAAAGGGCCGCCGGAGAAGAUCUGAGCCCGCUUCAAACGGCCAUGGUGGCAGCGGAGGUUAAAGUCGCCGACUGGCUGGCUCAGAACGAGCUGCCUUUGGCUCUUAAAGAGACGGUCGCAGAGGAGGAUGGGGAGAGCGUGAAGAGUGAUGUCCCCGUACAGCUGAAGAGUCUCAAAGGCAGUAAACACGAGGACGGCACUCAGAGCGACUCGGAGAACGCUCUGGGAGAGCAGCGCAGGGCGGCGGCCCUGGAGGAGCGCUCGUGGGGGCUCUGGGGAGGAGCGGGGAUGAAGAUCCGAGAGGGCCGGGCCAACGUGCCAGAGGGUCUUUUCGCGGAGGAGGACAGUCCCGCUCGCCGCCGCAAGUCUUCAACUUCCAAAGCAGCGAGCGGGUUGGUGGAGAGGCGUCGGGGCUCGGCGCCGCACCAGCAGGGCGGGCGUAACGAGUGCUAUCACCACGGAGACGAUUACAGCGACAGAGGGACGUACAUCAUUGAGCUGGAGAAUGGAGAUCAUGAAGAGGAGGAGGCUAGAAAUUUGAUUGACAAAGUGUUUGGUGUGGAUGAGCAGGGUGUUUCCAGGUUGGGGGGAACCGACCAAAGAGAGAGACUGGCCUCGCAGAGGUCUGGCACAGUGGACAGAGGAAAGCCUGGACGGUUGGAGACAGAGGUCUUGUCUGAAGAGCUGAUGGUGGGUGGCCCUCGCUGGGUGUCACAGUGGGCUACUCUGGCUGCCAGCCACAUCAGGACUGAUCCCGAGGGGUCAGGAGGGGACAGCAACGUCAUGGUUGCGGAGGACAGAGCCGAGAUAAGCGAAUCCAGCCACUCAGCCACGGUUGCUUCCUCGGGGUACGCAGAGCGUAAGAAGAGGACCUUACCCCAGUUGCCCGGUGACGACCUGAUUCGUGGAAGGAGGACCCCAGGUGAAGGCCUGCGCACGGAUAUGGGGGAAAAGCAGGACACGGAGCCGCAAGAAAAGGAGAACCAAGAUGUGAGGAUGUCCAGGGGAAAGAAUCAGCCGGGACAGGGUACAGGGGGUGUGGGCAGUCACAGCGGUAGCCCCAGCCGCUCCUCGCCGGCUAAAUCCCAGGACAGCGGCGGUGGAAGGUCGGGUCACUCCAGUGUGUUGACCAAGCUUCCCCCUCGGCCACAGACCACGGGGGAGAAGAAAGUGGAGGAGGCACGGAGGAGGAAAAAGGAGGAGGACAAAGCUCGGGAAAGCAGCGGGAAACCGUUACUGAGGCAGGAGAGUUUUACUGUAGAGAAACCAAGUUCUAACAUACCCAUAGAGCUCAUACCGCGCAUCGACGGGGUCAAAGGCAGCAAGACGCAGAGCAGGGAGCCUGGCAUGGACGGUGCCACUCUGCAGAGGGACUCGGAGGCCGUUGCGGCUUUUCUGGAGACGACUGUGUCGGACCAAGGGGACCCCCCCAGUCAGUCCAUCGAAGGCUCCAUGUCACCGGAGUCGGACGUGGACACCACGAGCACGGUAAGCCAAGCUGACGGAGUGAGGAAGGUAGUCCAGAAACGGCGGACCCUCGCAGGACAACACAAGGAAAGGACAAUUGUGUGCUCGUCCAGUAAGGGCCCUUCAGGGGCCGGGAGGGAGUCUCAGGACCGGAGGGUGAAGAACAGAACGCCUGCUACGCAGCAGUCCAGCCGCCCCUGGACUUCCCUCGACCUCACCGAUGACGACAUAAACUCCAACUCCCUCCUCUCUGACUCGCAGCCCACUUCAAUGCAAGAGUCCAGAUGCUCAAGUUCUAAAGUCCAAACCGGGGGCACAACCGUGGCGGCCAGCACCAAGUCCAGUCGGGCUAAGUUCACCCAGGGCCCAGUUUCAUCGGCACCAAGUAAAACCCCCAAUGUACCCAAACCUAGGCCCACCAGGACAUCCAUGUUGAGGCGAGCCCGGCUGGGGGAUUCAUCUGAUACCGAACCUGCCGAUCUGGACCGGAUGUCGGUGGCCUCUGAGGCCUCCACUGCCAGCUCGGCGUCCCGGACUGGGCUGGCCCGGAGGGGGAUGUCCAGGAUAGAGGCUCUGGCCCAGCCCAGGAGACCCCGAGUGGGCUCCCCGUCAGCUCAGAGCGACUCGGAGGCCACCGUGGGGAGGAGCAGGGACCUGGGGGCCCGCAGUGCGGCAGGCGAUUACGCCAUCAGACAGGGGCUGAGGGGGUCCGGCGCACCCCCAGUGUUCGGGUCCAGAGCCAGAGCCAACAGCGCCUCCAAGCUGCCUGAUAAAAGUAAAGGAGCCCUCCCUUAUGGACAUGUCCCACCUGCAUCCGGCACCCGUUGGCGCCGCGUGCCUGUGGACUACGCGUCCACCUCAGAGGACGAGUACGGCUCAAACCGCCACGUGUCCAAACAGGGCCACGCGAGGCCACUUCCUCCUACUCGAGUCACUCAGUUAGGAGGUUCAGCCCCAGCGACCCCCAAUCCUGCUACCCUGACUGCCUUCCAGCAGAACUCCAGGGACCAGGACGAGUACAUGAGAGACUGGACGGCGCACAGUGAGGAAAUAGCCCGGUAUGUGGUGAGAGUAAUCGCUCGCUUGUAUUUGCUCAUCAGGAUUAGCCAAGAUCUAGCCAAAGACUUAGCCAUGCUUGCCAGAGAGAUUCAUGACGUCGCUGGAGAGAUCGACUCCGUCAGUCCGGCUCCAGCUGACCCUGGAUCUUUGCUGGAGGAGUCUGCAUUUGAUGACAACUUGGAUCUGGGUGGAACCUCUAAAGAGCAGAACGGCCGGUCAGUGGAGCUUCGACAGCGAGGCCCUGGUGGACAGAGCUCCCGCUCCAUCCGCCGACAGACAUGGAACAGAGAUGAUGGUGUCCUCGACAGUCUACUGCUAACCUCUGUGACUCAGCUCUCAUCCAGGAUACGUCAGUCUGUCGACAAAACAAGUUGCAAAAUCAGGAUCCUUUUCAAGGAUAAAGAGCGAAAAUGGGAGGAGAUUGAGACCAAACUGCAGGCAGAGCACGACUCCUUACUUCUCAAGAGCUCCAACAUGGAGAUUUCAACUAUUAUUCAAGACCUGAGGAAGGUGGAGAGGCAGCUUGCAGUGAUCGACAUGAUGGUAGAUCCAGACGGUACGCUGGACGCCCUCUCUAACUUGGGGCUGACCAGUCCUCUGACCGAUCAGAAGCUGGGCCCCGGGGGUCGGCUGCCCGGAGCAGAGGCUUCCGCCGGUCAGCUCUCAGCGCUUCGGCCUGAAGGGACGUCUGCUGAGCCCCGCGGAUCCUCACACCACACUGAGCUGGCAGACUGACACCCAGACCUUACUACUGACAAACCAAGGAACAUUUCCAGUAUGCAUCCUUUUCGUAUGUGCCCCGAAACCCCUCUGGAACAGCCUCGCUGUGCUUUAGAGAAUUGUUUUGUGUGUGUAUGUUCGGUUUCAGACACAAAGAAAGGAGAGUUAUGCCUUUUCCGUAGAAGAACCUAGCUGUGCUGUCAGUCAGUGGGAGUGGGGCUGUAGACUGUCAAAGAGAAGCUCUCAGCAUGACGGAUAUUCUUCACUAUUUAUCACUAUGCUUAUGAAGGAGCUAUGGCAUCAUGUGGGGUAAUCCAUCUGGGCUUUUGUGUUGCAGCUCAUUCUAAUGAUCCACUACCCUGAAUAAUGAAGGACAGAUGUGAGGUCAAAGCCAAGUGUUCUUUAGGUCCUCUUUCGAUUAUUUAACUGUCCUGAGGAGACAGGACUGACCAUAAAUCUUGAAAUCCUUGUUAAGCUAAAGCUCGUCCGCUAUGAAGCUGACCAAAAGUCCCAAAUAAGAAACGUGCAAUGGCGUCACACACAGAGGUCAAAGGUAGUCUGUGUGAUCAGUGUUCUUCUAUGCUGCCAUAGAAUUAUUUAUUAAAAUGAAUCUAUUUUUGCCAUGUUUACAAAUUCAGUUGAUGGGUCCAUCUCAGUAAUGACUUUCCCCAAGAAACAGCGUUGCUGCUUAUCCGCUGGGGAAAGAACUGGGAGCCUUUACCUAUAGAAAUGUUUAUCAGAAUAACGCUUAAAACUUCCUUUCCAUGGCCCUGUUUUGUGCUAAUGUAAUUCGAAACCUCUGAAUCAGAGAGUGACCCCGUGUAUGAAGUCAAAAGUAGCACCUCUUUCAAAUGUUUUUUGUCACAAGUGCCCUGGAUCAAACAAUCAUUGGAGUCGACGAGAGGGAGGUCAGAUUUUUGUCGUUGCACUUUUCCGAGCUCACCCAUGUCGACAUUACUCUGAGGGACCAGGACAAGAUGUUCCCCCCAACGGUUUUCCUUUGUCACGUUUAUCGUCUUUGACCAAAAGCAGGGUUGUAACCAGCGGUCAGCUGAAAACCUCCGCCUGAUCCCAGAGUUAAUAUUGUGUUAUAACCAGCAACGACAGGGACUACCUCUGAGUCCUGUAGCCGUAUUUUAUCGUCAGUAAGACAAUGGAACGAUCAACUGUGUAACCGACUGUAGGUUUUCCAGUGUCUUGCCUCAUACCAAUGUUUACACUUGAAUGUAACCUGAUCAGAACUGCUGAAAUAGUUUUAGCCAAAACAACUUUAAAAGAGAUGAAUAACUGCAUUUUGUGCUUCAAUUUUAUUACAUUUAGUUUGAGCAUUUUGUGACUUUUUCCUGUUUCCUUUGUUUAAAGGUUUUGUAUGACCGUUUUUCCCCUUUUUGUCCUAUAAGUUAAAUGAUGACUUCUUUGUCUCAUUUCCAAUAAAAAGCAUGAUAACAAU